AUGCCUUACAAUACUCGUCGCAAGUCGUUGUCUCUGCCGUCGCUGGGUAUUCACCUUCCCAAUACUUCCCGUCGCUCGCCGUCGGCGUCAAAAACGCCGCACGCGACCGACGACCAACUCCCGCCAUCUAAAAAAGUAAAGAGGUCGCACGACUCGGCGUCUUCAUCUCCAGAGCUGUCGCUAUCCUCGAGUUCUUCCACAGAGUUCAAGGCGCAGUCAAUACGGCCGAACGGAAGACGCGGCACUUUUGAGCACACGCCACCGCCGUCGCCGAUCGACGGGAGCGUCGCGCCCAAGAUCGAUACAGAGGGUAUCAACGACGAUAUCGUGGUCGGUGUGAUUGAGCAGUUGGAAAAGACGGGGAAUCGCCCUCAUCUGGUCAAGGAGCUCGCAGCAGUUCUCAUCAAUCUCAAUGAUAAUGUUGCAAACUCCGCCAACCCCGCCGCUCUUUUGUCGUCGCGAUUGGGUACAUACAUGAAGCGUCCAUGGACUGCCCUGGCGCCGUGUCCGAUCGCGAAAGAAUUGAUUCCUAUUCAUCCUCGCAAAGUGUAUUAUUAUCUGACGACGUUACCCCGUCGGCCCAUUCCCGAGAACUCGGAUGAUCUCCUUCCAGGUGUCGAAGGGAAAAGCCUGACGCCCAGUGCGUCGAAUGCUGAUCUCGAUGACGAGGAGAUGCUCGCGCGGGAGCGUUCGCCGAGUCCUGAGGUGGAUCUGUCUUCCCCCGACUUUGAGGAAACCCUCGACCUGGGCGGUCCUUCUAACCCUAGCGCCGGAAGACCGGGUCACAGCUUCAGUGACCAUCACAGCCAUGCGCGACUCAUGCACUCGAAUCGCGCUGCCUCUCCUCCGCUGGAGGGUGACGAGAAGGAAUUCACGCAGACUGCCAGUGCUGUUCGCGAGCGGGCCUCGGAGCAGAAGGCGGGCGCCGGAGGCUCUUCUGCCCUCUCCGAUGCUCUCAGCGAGUUAGAGAACGGGGCGAUGAGCAUUUCGGAAACCUCGGUUGAGAAUAGCCCCCUUUCCUCCAUCAAUGAGGAGCGUCUUCCCGACCAUGAGGUUAGCGAUUAUUUCUCCUAUGGAAACUAUCAGAUGCAACAGCAGCUGCAACUUCAGCUCGAGCUGGAACAGCAUGAUGUUGACAAUGCAGCGGCAGCGGCCCUCUUUGGCACCUCGCCCUCCCCGUCGCUCGCCUCGGUCGCGUCGUCACUCUCGUCUGGCACGAGCGUCGCUUCCGAUGACGGCCUGGAUGCGGAGGAUCGCGUUAGUAUCAUUGCCAGUGCUCCACAGAUCAGUCUCCCUGAGGACCCUAGCGUUGCGUCUGUCUCGCCCUUGAAACGGUCGCUCGACAUGUUGAACAGCGAGCUUCCUGACAUUGAAAUGAAGCUGUCGGAUCUGGCUGAGCAUGAUGACAAGUUGAUUCUGCCGGGACGCAUGCAGGAUAUGGAUGUGGACAUGGUGUUCGACUCGUGGCGGGAAAUGCAGAGCCCAGAGACUGUGGAAGUCGAUGAGCUCGACGAGAUGUUCGGCGAGAUCUGA